AUGGAGUUCGUUAAUCCUGUGGAUAGAUUUAAGAUUAUAUUAGACUUAAUUACUAAGAUUCCAGAGUUUGAUGGUAACAGCAAAUAUCUAUUAGAUUUCCUGGACAGGGUAGAUGCUAUUUCUGUAACUAUUGAUUCCUUUGAAGAAUCAGCUAAAGCCAUUUUAAUGGGUUACGUUAAGGACAAAAUUGUAGGUAGGGCUAAGUCCGAAAUUCAAAAACAUGGUAGAUUAAAUACUUGGAGUGAAAUGAAAAAUGUUUUAAAAAAUAAUUUUGGGGAAAGAUUAUCUAUUGAUAAAUUGAUUGAUAGUAUUCGAACAGCACGAGUCCAGACAACAAUUGAAGAUUAUUACAAUAAAAUAAAUAAUUUUCUUUGUCGUAUUAACAACACUUAUUUACUAGGUAAUAACCAAGAUGGAAUAAAUGAAAUGAUUCAGUCAAACAAUAGGAUUGCUUUUCAAGCCUUUAAAAAUAAUUUACCCGAACCUACUAAAUCUAUUAUAUUAAGUCGAAACCCAUCAUCACUUACUGCAGCUUUUAAAAUAAUUGUUGAAAUUAAUCACCAAAGAUAUGGGCCAAACACUCGUUUUGCUCAAAGUUUAAAUGAUUCUUAUUCUAGAAACACUAACCCUACAAAUCCUUUUAGGGGUCAAAAUAGCAGUCAGCAUAGUAAUAACAAUAACAAUUUCAAUACCAAUUCUUUUACAAGAAACAACAAUUUUUCCCGUGGGUAUAACAGGCAACUUAACAGUUCAAUAGUAGGUCAAAAUCAAAACAAUAAUCACACUGGACGUCAAAAUUAUAAUAGUAAUUCCACGGGCCAGUCUCGUCAAAAUUAUUACAACAAUUCUUAUGUCCAACCUCAACAAAAUAAUAACAGUUCCAAUAGUGGUCAAUCUCGACAAAAUUAUAACAAUAACAUGGGUCAAUCUCGUCGAACCUACAAUAACUUAAGCGUUCAAUCACGUCAAAACAACAACAAUUCAAACAGUAGUCAAACACGAAAUCCGACUAGGCAAUCAAAUAGCGAGCCUAUGGAUAUUUCGUUGAAUGAACAGAGACAAAGCCAAUCUUCUGAAAAUCAGCAAAAUUUUCAAAUGGAUCAAAGAAACACCUACCCUAUAUAA